AUGGAAGAGUAUCAUGCCAUGCCCGCCUCCAGCCCGAAAUGUAACAGCAGCAACUGCAAGAGUCAAACCCCCGGAACAGUCCCCAUUGCCAGAGCCACGCCGCCAUGGAGCAACUUCAAUUUGACGACCCGUGAAGCUGCCGUCUCCAUCUGGCGCGUGGUUGGCGUGCCCAUCACAAUGCCCCUCUUGUUCCCAACGUCAGCAGUAACAGCCCUCAGAAUGUAUAAUGGGCGGUACUUGUGCUCCCUGAUCACCUCUUCUACACAGAACCUGACUACUGCGUACGCUGCUGCACGUUGGCUGCAGACCUUAAUUCCCCGUCCCCCGGCCUGCUGCUCUCAAUGGAAAGUCGCUGCUGCAUCUCUUGGCCUGCCCGCCCGUGUUUCUGUCCUCGCCCCUGUCUCUGCCCAUCUCUUCUCUGCCUGCUCCCCGCCGUACGCACACACGGCCACACAGUUUGUCCUCUGA